AUGCCUUUCUCAGGCACCUUGCCAAGUCAUCCAAUGAACAACCAUCUCGCCUUUUGCGCAUGCCCCUUCAUCGCCGCGUUGCGGAACCUAUACCUCAUCUUGGGUUACACUCACCACAUCACCAGCGCUCAUCACAUAAUAUACACAUGCGGCUGCUCGCUGUACGGUGACCAAACCAUUGGUCUCUUCCCUCGAAGGACCAUCAAGAUCGAGACCCUGGCAGCUUUCCUACUAGAUCCGGCAACGUCGUAUCGAAUGUUCCACCAGGGCCGAAUUUCGAUGGGACUGCCCACUGAUCUACAACGCCUUUUUUGGUCUUCCACGGCCACCAAAGACACGCAUGCCCUAGGCGAGAUCCGAAAUCUUCAUGCUCCACAAAACAGAUCCAAUAACGUUGAUUUCAAAUCGGCGCCCCUCGCACGAGAUCAUAAUCAAGCGCUUGUAGUACGAGAACACGAACCGCAAGAUAAAAUUACAGAUUACACGAUAGAAUCAGUCUCGCAACGGAUUGGUGUUCAGCAAAGUGGAGAAUCUGUGACAAGCAACAGCGCUGUUAACUGCUUCAUCGGCUCCGUGGGAGACACCCCAUUGGCAGCGUCAAAGACGGUUGCCGUCAGUAUAAUUCAGGAUGCGGAGAAUAAGGGUUGGUGA